AUGCCAUCCCGACACUCCUAUAUCCCAUUUUCAUCCUCACUUCCACUAUCCGAGAUCAUUGAGCUCCAGCCAGAGGAAGAGCCAUGGUGUGCUGGCUAUGCUCCCUCGCAGGGUCGUCGCUGUCAUGCUCGCACAAAUGCGUACGGCCGCAACUCGGCCAUGAAACUACUUGAGAAGGGCACCGAGAGACUCCGUGCUGGUCGCAGUCUCGACAAUCUGCUAGAAGAUUUAGCCCCACACGUCCUCUGUACCCGGUUCCAUCAGAACCAAGCCUCGACACUCUCAUCUCGUUGGAAAAGAAAAGUCCGAGCCUACCUUGAUUCGCAGAUCCCAUCUGUGCCAUCUACGCCAUCUACAAGAACGGCGAGACUCCCAUCUAUACCGUCUACGGCAUCUACUAGGACGACAAGACUCACAUCUACGCCAUCUGUGCCGUCCACCAGAACAACAAGGCUCUCAUCUAGAAACAGCCCCAGCGAGACCCCCGAAAGGGAGAUUGACGAAAGGACAGCUCUUCUACGGAAACUGAGUGAAACCUUGGAAGAGCUCAGACGAUUGGAUGCUGCUGAGGUUGACGAAGAGCACAGCACAGGCUCUCGUGCCCUUCGCGAGACCGAGAGCUCAAGUAGGACCACUAGUCCAGGAAUCACGGAAAGCACACUCAGGAGACCCGCCUCACAAGAGAGUCAUGUUGGCAGGGCAGUGCAAAGAGGCUCCACAGAAUCCAUCGUGGUCCAGAUGGCAACUGCAGUGCCUCGAGUAAUCCAGGCCCAAAUUGGCUCCACCAGUGUCACUCCCGUUCCCAGGCAAACAUCAGCGAGCCCAACAGUGGCUUCCGUCUCCAGCAGCACACUGUCGCGUGUCAAUCGCCGUAAGGUGGAAGGGAAUUGUGGAAUAUGUUUGUGCAACAUGCAUACUCCACAGCAGAAUGUGAACACUGCCGACGCCGAAGUGAUAGGGAAUGAUAACAAUGAUGACGGUGACGAUGAUGAAGAAGAUGAUGACCGAGGAGAUGAAUUGACCUGGUGCAAGGCACGGUGUGGAGUCAACUUCCACAAAGGAUGUAUCGACCAAUGGCUAGCGCGAGCUCGCACAUGUCCAGCGUGUAGGAGCAAUUGGGAAGAUUUGGAAUCAGUAGAGCAGGCAUGA